CAAUAAAGGGCAAGGAUGCAGCUAAUGAAGAUUGCCUCUGCGAUUUAGAAUCCUCACUCUUCUAUCUCUCUUACUUGCUUUGGGAGAGCCAGAGCAGGACUAAAAAUCCGUUCUUUUGCUUUCCAUCCUUCUCCAUCCAAACUGCUCUUGAUUCCUCUCUCUGUGUUUCAAGGAAACUCCAAAGGAUAUUAGUGUUUUGUUACCUUUUCUUCUGCACUGCCUCUUGCUCCUCCCUUCAGAUCUGAAAUCUCUACUAAUUUUAUAAUUUUGGGCUAAGAAUCGCUUGUUGUGAACAAUGAACAAGGAAGAUGAAGUCAAAUUUCUCAAAAUACAGACCUGUGUGCUGAAGGUAAACAUACAUUGUGAUGGCUGUAAGCAAAAGGUGAAGAAGCUGCUUCAGAAAGUUGAAGGGGUUUUCGAGACAGCCAUUGAUUCAGAGCAGGGGAGAGUUACAGUGUCCGGCAAUGUGGAUCCGGCCACGCUAAUCAAAAAGCUUCACAAAGCCGGAAAGCACGCAGAGCUGCUUCAUCCCAAGGGCGUCAACAUCACCCAGCUGCAAAAACCCAACCAUAAAGCUCAGCCGAACAAGGACAACGGCAAGCCAGCUAAACCCGGCGCCACCGCCGGCGGUGGAGGAAAAGAUCACACUGGCCAAGGAGCACCGAUGCCGCAGAUGAAAGGGCUAAAAGACAUGAAGAUCCCCCAACUCAAAGAUUUGAAGUUCCCCUUCCAAAAAGACCCCAAAUCGGUGAAGUUCGCUCUGCCGCCAGAAGUCGGUGAAGAUUGCAGUGAUUAUGACGAUUACGACGACGAUGACGACGACGACUAUGAUGACGAGGACAUCGACGAGUUCGACGGUUUUGACGCCGAUUUUGAUGACGACUUCCGGAACAUCAAGCUCAAGCCUGGUUCUGCUCAGCCCAACGCUGACAAUGGAGUGAUGAUGUUGCCCGACAAGAAGAACGGGAAGAAAGGAGGUGUUGAAAUCCCAGUGCAGGUCAAAGGGAUGAACGGAAACAACGAUGCUAAGAACGGGAAGAAGGGCGGCGCAAUCCAGAACCAGGGCGUCGGAGGAGCCAAGAAUGUAGGAAAGGUAGCUGUUGGCGGCGGAGGCGGGGCACAGGAUUCCAAGAACACUGGAAACAACGGAAAUUACAAACCCAACCCUAAUUCCGGGAAAAAGGGAGCCGCCGCGGGCGGCGGAGGCGCCGGCGCCGGAGGCGGAGCUCCCGGCGCUAGAGGCGAACCGAUGCGACCGCCUGCCGGUUUUCCCGGCGGGGGGAAUCGGGCUUUUCCCGGCGGGAUGAAUCCUGGUCAAAUGGGACUGAUUCCACCUAUGGGUCAUGGAGUAGGAGCAGCUCAGGGUCUUCCCCAAGGCAUGGCUCCGCCGGGCUAUUUUCCGGCAGGCGGGAUGCCGGCGAUGAAUCCGGAGAUGAUGGCCGCCGCCGGUGCAGGUGCUGGAAAUCCGUAUCAACAGCAAUACAUGGCGGCGAUGCUGCAGGCACAGCAACAGCAGAGAAUGAUGAUGAAUGGACAGGAUCGCGGCUACCCGCCGAUGUGGGGAAAUAGAUUUGAGGAGGGGAAAGGCAGCGGCAGAUUGAAUAGACAUUCUCAGUUCCAGGAUUUGCUGCGCAUUUUGCGUGAGGGGUUCUGA